AUGCUGUCAAAUUGGCCCGCAAUUCGCACACGUCUUGCCCGUAGCGUGUGCUGCCCGCGGCAGUGGGGGUAUCAUGGCAACCUGACGCCGGCGCCAUUGAGGUCAUCAACGAGAUGUUUCAGCAGCACGAAGCCAGCAUCCCUAAGGACCUUGGAUUUGACGGAGACUAGCCUGAAGGCAAUUAAAGUCGACCAGAAUAGGUUGAUGGACACACUGCACCAUACCUGCGCUUUCGGAACGGGGCUGAGAUGGGGAAGGCAAGAUCUAAUCCUCUCAUCCAUCUUCAACGCUCCCUUUGCGCCCACGGAGACGGGCAUGUCUCGCCUCGCCUUGUCAGACACAGACAAGCAGGCACGGGACUGGUUUGUCGAUACGACCCGCUCACUAGGCUGCGAAGUCGUUAUUGACGCCAUGGGCAACACUUUUGCGGUGCGUCCUGGCCGACGGAAGAAUGUUCCGCCCAUCUAUGCCGGAUCGCAUCUGGAUACACAGCCUGCUGCUGGGCGCUACGAUGGCAUCCUGGGUAUCCUGGCCGGAGUGGAGAUGCUGCAUCUGCUGCGUGAUCAUCAGAUCGAGACAGAGCAUCCGAUAGGUGUAGUAAAUUGGACAAACGAGGAGGGCGCGAGAUUUCCAAUCUCAAUGGUUUCAUCUGGAGUAUGGGCUGGAGACAUCACCCUCGAAAGGGCGCACAAUGUACAGGAAGUUGGUGGAGGUUCAGCGACCAUGAAGUCCGAGUUAGAGCGCAUCGGCUACCUGGGCAUUUUCCCUGCUAGUUACCAGUUGACUCCCAUGGCGGCUCAUUUCGAGCUGCACAUCGAGCAGGGACCAAUACUCGAGGCGGAGAAGCAAAAGAUUGGUAUUGUCCAAGGCGUCCAAGCAUAUAAAUGGUUCACGAUAGAUGUCCAAGGUAGAGCUUCUCAUACUGGGACAACUCCCUUCUCUGCCCGCGCAGAUGCUCUUCUGCUCGCAUCCCGCAUGAUCACCCACUCCAACCGCGUCGCAACUCAACACUCUGCCCUGGCCUCGACCGGCAUUCUCACCCUCUCUCCAGGUAGUGUCAACACUGUCCCGGGCGAUGUCCGCUUCAGCCUCGACGUCCGUGCCGCAGCAGACGAGACGGUUGAGGCCGUUGAAGCCCAGCUAAAGCGCGACUUUGCCACUAUGGCCGGCGGUGGGUCCGUCGAGGGCGAAGACAUCACGCCCCAGCGCUUACCUCUCUCUGUCCAUUGGACCACCGAUUUCGUGAGUCCAGCUGUUCUAUUCCAUGAGGAUUGUAUUUCGGCUGUGCGAGCUGCGGCACAAUCCGUCCUGGGCGAUGAAGGGCUAUAUCGGGACAUGACCAGUGGCGCGGGCCAUGAUAGCGUGUACACGAGCAGGCGAUGUCCGACCUCCAUGAUCUUUGUUCCGAGCAGAAAUGGAGUGAGUCACCAUCCUGAAGAAUGGACGAGUGAUGAGGAUUGUACCUUGGGUGCGGAGGUUUUAUUCCAGAGCGUUUUGAGAUACGACCGUGGUAUGGCAAAGGGGGCUAUAUUCAAAGGAGACUUUAACAUGGUUUCGUAGUGAUUACUUAACAAGCCUUGCCAGCG